AUGGAAACCCCUUCUGCCCCGCUGGCCGUGCCAGCCGUGUCUUCCUUGCGUGUGCAACAGGCAAUGCCCAUGGAAAGGACAUUGAGCCAGGAUAUCCGCAAUGAGCGCGAGGAGCUUCGUGAGGCAGCAGAGCAGACCCUCAAUGCCAUCGUCGAUCUCAAUUUGGACGGAACCAUCAAAUGGGUUAGUCCAUCUUGGACCGAGGUCGUCGGCACCCCAUUCGAUGCCAUUAGUGGCAAGCCAAUGUCAGACCUCAUCGCCAGCGAGAACAAGAACGUAUUUACCGACAUGGUCGUUUCGAUGAAGAAGGACGACUCGAAGAGCUACAGGAUUCGAUUCGCCAUUCAACUUGGCCCUUUGUCCAAGUUACGAUACGUGGAGGAAUUCGAAGGAGAUGAGGCACUAACUGGCGAGCCACAGCUACAAACGGCUGAUCUAGAAGCCCAAGGCAUUAUGACUAUGUGGAUGCUACGCCCAUGGACAGCUCCACAAGAAAUUCAAAUCGACUUGCCAGAUGUCAUUGUUGACUCCCUCGGAUCUGGUGCUGAAUUGCUGGCCAGUUAUCUGACACGUCUCGCUGAAUCUGGCGGUGACGACCUGCAAACCCGCGAACCACUGGCCCCUGUACUAUGUCGAAUCUGCGAGCGGCAAAUUCCUCCUUGGUGGUUCGAAAAACACACCGACUUGUGUCUGCAAGAACAUCGUGCAGAGAUGGACGUCCAAAUGGCGCAGGAGAACCUGACGGAACAUCGGCACGCCAUUGUUAGGGUUCUUGAUGCAUUGGAGGCACGAAAAAGCCGUCCAAUGACCGGAGAGCAGCAAACAGGACCAAUGGCAGAGUACAAGGGCAUGCCCAUUGGUCCAGCCCCGUCUGCUCAAUCUUCACCCGGUACCUCGCUGGCUCGUUCUCGUGAGCGUACCGGUGGUUUCGGGCAUGCCAGGGCUAGAUCGUUUGCGGUACGCCGGCCCCAAGCUCGUAUCGUCGAGUUACUCAUGGACUUGUGUGACACUGCCAUCGAAAUAAGCACUCCAGCCAUGAAGGAGAUGUCUCAACAGGGCAAUGGAGACUUGCGCACUCAAUCUCCGCAGUCAGAGUCCAGAAUAUCGCAAGUCUCGCACUGGCAGUCGCCGAGCACGAAUACACUCGAGCAGGAACAAGGCUUGGCGCUAUUAUGCUCAGACACAGAGAAGGUGGCGAAGUUGAAGGUUGAUGCCGUCUUUCGUCAUUGUAGAAUUAUCGAAUAUGCUGAGCGCAUACGUAUCGAGAUGGCAGUCCUUGUGCAAGACUGUAUCGACGAAGCCAUGAGAAAGGCCGCACGGAUUGCGGCUGGUCGUUUGAGCGACUCGACCGAAGACGAGACCGAGGAGGACAUUCUUGCGGAAGGCGAAGGCCAAGUUGAGGUUAAUGAAGAACCCCGAGGACGAUCAGCCGAUGAGGUACCGAAGCAGUCUAUAUCCAGCCCUUCUGCCUUGGCAGCAGCCUUGCGUCAAAUGGACCUCUCCUCCGGACGUCCGAAUCGCUCUCGUCCCGCCUCCUUCAUUGCAUCGACAAGGUCUAGCAGUCCCAAGGAAUGUCCCACGCCACGGUCUACCGUUGAUAGUGGCUCAAUUCCGGCGGGGCAUGCCCGCCAUACCAGAAGAGGCUCGGCUCUAUUAUAUGAAGCCGAGCUUGCUGAAGGAGACGGAAGCCUCCGGUCGUCAUCUGUGGCCUCCCGCAAUGCCACCCGAACAGAGUCCCCGAUAUCCGAGUUCGGCGAUCUCAGGCGUGCUGCAAGCACCCGUCAACAUCACCGAAGAAGCCUUGUCAUACCCGGGACAUCGUCACCUCGACGGCAGGAAUCGCCAUCUCGUUCUACUCAACCGUCCUCGCCGCUGCGUAUCAAGCCGCGUGUCAUACCCUACCAAGAAGGGCUAGCAUCACCUGAAGCGUCGCCUAUGUUCCCUACGAGUGAAUUUAGCUCGCCGGUUUCCCAUCCAGCGCGCCAUCACCGACGACAGUCAUCAGCAGCUAUAUCAGAUUUCGUCAUGCGAGCACCACCAUCGCCUCGCCUAGGUGCAACGCAAGCACCACCACAAGCUCGCGCCGCACAGCCGUCUAUUAAAGACUUUGAGAUCAUUAAGCCGAUCAGCAAAGGUGCGUUCGGUAGCGUAUAUCUCUCGAAAAAGAAAUCAACCGGCGAAUAUUUCGCCAUUAAAGUUCUGAAAAAGGCGGACAUGGUGGCGAAAAAUCAAGUGGGCAAUGUCAAGGCAGAGCGGGCAAUUAUGAUGUGGCAGGGACAAAGUGACUUUGUUGCCAAGCUCUACUGGACCUUCUCAAGCAAGGAUUAUCUCUACCUGGUCAUGGAAUACCUCAAUGGGGGCGAUUGCGCAUCUCUGAUCAAAGUACUCGGUGGCCUACCGGAGGAAUGGGUCAAGAAGUAUCUUGGUGAAGUUAUUCUGGGUGUUGAGCACCUUCAUGAGAGAGACAUCAUUCAUCGUGAUCUGAAGCCGGACAACUUGCUCAUUGAUCCAAAAGGCCAUUUGAAGCUGACGGAUUUUGGCUUGUCACGAAUGGGAUUGGUUGGCAGACAAAAGCGCGCUUUGAAUAGCGAGACGAUGGAUACAACGCCAGAUUUGCUUAAGCAGGGACCUUUUGCUAGAUCUACAUCCAUGGCUUCUUCUCGAUCAACCUCCCUUGACUUGCAUGGACACCCCCAUUCUCCCACUGGAACACCUAUGAUGACCCCAGACGUGGGCAGUAUUGGACAGCCAUCAUAUUUCAGUCUCGCAUCAUCUAUGCCACCAGAGAAUCGUAGGGUAUCCAGCAGCCUCAGAAGCGACAGCGGUGGCAGUGAGUCUCUGGCUCACCUGCUAACGUCAUUUUCUCUGGCUGAUUCCGACCCGGGAUCCCAACCUCUCAGUGCGAAGGCGCCCAUCAUGGACGACGACGUUGCCAUUCAAGGGUCGCCAGAUAUGAUUGCAAGCCAGCCAAACAUUAGAGCUAGCGUGGACGGCCACUCCCGUAACUCCCUUCCACCGUCGAACAUGAUGCCGCCACCAAUGGCACUGUUUGAUCCUGAGGACACGAAUCGGCGUUUCGUUGGGACUCCAGACUACUUAGCACCAGAGACUAUCAACGGAGACAAGCAAGACGAAACUAGUGAUUGGUGGUCAGUCGGGUGUAUCAUGUUCGAGUUCUUAUAUGGCAUACCGCCCUUCCAUGCUAGCGAAGCCGAGCAAGUAUUCGAUAAUAUUCUAGCACGAAAAGUUCAAUGGCCAGACGAGGCUGAUUGUGAACCUAUCUCAGGGGAAGCUAAAGAUCUUAUCAACAAGUUACUAUGUAUGGAUCCCAAGGAACGACUAGGAGCUAACCGCGAUGAAAAAUUCUCCUCCGGUGGAGAAGAAAUCCGAAGCCAUCCUUGGUUUGAAGGUAUCAACUGGGAUAGCCUGCUAGAAGACGAGGCACAAUUUGUCCCUCAACCCGAGAAUCCUGAGGACACGGAAUACUUUGAUACCAGAGGCGCUGUCUUGCAAUCAUUCGCAGAGGAGAUUGAAGACCAAAUGUCUCCGCAAUCUUCCACGGGUGGACAGGAGUAUCCUGAUCGACCGCACGACGCCCUUUCGCGAGUUCGAUCCCAAGUCAAUUCACUCAAUCGCAAGCUGAUGCCGCUACAUAUUCCACCCCACGUUCGCGAUCUAAAGUCAAGGAGGUUGAGCGAACCCGUAGCGGCUGACGACUUUGGCUCAUUCACUUUCAAGAAUUUGCCCGUCCUCGAAAAGGCGAACAAGGACGUCAUUCAAAAGCUGAGGGCUGACGCAAUGGCUUCACAAAACAAGCAAUCUUCCAUUAGCCCCGGAGGAGCUGCAAAUAUGGCCUCGUCAGCCCCAUCUCUAGAUGGCAGCCCGGUCUUGGCCACACAUCUACACCGAUCCAUUUCGAAUGCAAAGACAGGGAAUCGGCCACAGUCUCCGUCGGGGUACAGUCAUUCCAAUUCAUCGCCCAGUCGAGUUUCUCAGCCAUCAUCACCUCUGCUUGUCUCAUUUGUGGCUGGCCAAGGAGCAGAGGGUCGACGAAAGGCAUCCAGCAACUCUUCAAGCCUCUCGCAUCAGUCAGGGCCACCGUCACUGCAGCCUCACUCUUCUCUUGAUGUGCCUAAGGUGCCGCCAAGCUUGCAAAAGGCUGCAACUACAAUCGCCGCAUCCCCUAUCAAGGGCCGUGGAUCGGCUCCGCCACCAUUAGCCUUAUCCCCACAGAAGCUCAUGUCCACGCCGCGACAAAACAGUGGCUCGACGACACGAUCUAGGUCGUUAACUGUAGGGUCGCAAGAAGCUAGUCCUAUUUCAUCCGAUGCCCUUCAGUAUCACCGCAACCGGAGGAGCCAAGUGUUUGACAUGUCUCCCUCUUCAUCGGAUAACGAGGGCGACAAGCACAACGCUUUGCUACGAGUACAACGGCGCAGGCAAAGUUCACGGCGGCUUUCGCAAAUUGCAUUUGACAGCGGCCCUAACUUCAGGCCGCUGGAUGUUUUAAUCUGUGAAGAUCAUCCUGUAUCAAGAAUGGUGAUGGAAAAGCUAUUGGAGAAACUCCGCUGUCGAACGAUUUCAGUGGCAAAUGGUUCCGAGGCCGUCCGUUACUCCAUGAGCGAAAUCCAGUUCGAUGUUAUUUUCUUGGAGUACAAGUUGCCCCAGAUCAGCGGAGCGGACGUGGCACGAAUGAUUCGGGAGACCAAAAAUGCGAAUUCUCAUACUCCUAUUGUGGCGAUCACUGCAUAUCUUAAGGAGCUACAGGCGCCACACUAUUUUGAUUCCUUGAUUGAGAAGCCUAUCAGCUCUUCCAAACUUAUUGAGGUUCUACGAAGCCUGUGCCAAUGGCGUCCAGCGUCACCGAACCGGGCUAUCUCAGGGCCCCCGCCCAACCCUAUGCCCGUCGGUCCCAAGACGAAACCGAGAGCCGAUGACAGCCCAACGUCGAGCCUGUCUGCUUUCCCAGGAAGGCAUUCAUCCGCAAUGAUAUCCAGCCGAGAAGACUCCAUCACCUCUAGCACGUUUGGGGACUCAGAGUCUGUCACGACAGACGAUAUCCCAGUCGUCAUCAGCCGCAAAACAACAAGUGAAUGGGAGGAAGGAGGCCUUGGAAUUACGGAAUCUGACUUCCUUUCGGCUGCAGAGGGAUCCCCCAAAGGGAUGCCGACCCUCUUGACCCAGCAAUCAGCGCCAGGACAAAUGGAACAUCUUCGCCGAGGAGAUAGGACCAGGCCGAGGAGGGAAAGCGGCGACAGAAAAGGAGUUGAGGCAACCGACUCGGCAGACGACGAGGACGAAGAAACCGGCAUCUCCAAGGGAAAACACCGACGGCGAAGCAGCAAACCACUACAGGGCAAAUCAACGCUGCCCAGUUCCAAAUUGGCCAUCGAGAUGAUGCGUGCAGACAGUCACGAUAGCGUCACGGUCGGGUCUGAAAGCACCCCUGAGGCGGUAACGCAAGUAGCAACAACACCAUCUCAGGAAAUAGGCACUCCUAUCCUGGCUGCAACCGAGGGGACAGAGACGGUCACUCCACCAAAUAAUCAGGCCAAUACUACCCCAGCAGGCAAGCAAAGCAGUAAGGAGACGACCGAUAUGUCAGUCCCAGAAUGUGCUGAUGUCACGCCACGACCACAGACAUGUGCGCGUCCUGCCACUGAGUCGGACUCGGUGGACACUUCCACGGAGGCUACACCACGACCUGGCGGGCCAUGA